CCGCUGGCCGGCCGCUCCCGCAGGUUCCACGCGGGUGCUGAGGACGACGGCGGUGGCUACGCGGUGGCGGUGAGCAUCAAUGACUACCUGGACAUCUACUGCCCGCACUACGGGGCGCCGCUGCCGCCGGCCGAGCGCAUGGAGCGCUAUGUGCUGUACAUGGUCAACGGCGAGGGCCACGCCUCCUGCGACCACCGGCAGCGCGGCUUCAAGCGCUGGGAGUGCAACCGGCCCGCGGCGCCCGGGGGGCCGCUCAAGUUCUCCGAGAAGUUCCAGCUCUUCACGCCCUUCUCGCUGGGCUUCGAGUUCCGUCCGGGCCACGAGUACUACUACAUCUCUGCCACGCCACCCAAUGCAGUGGACCGGCCCUGCCUGCGGCUGAAGGUUUAUGUUCGGCCAACCAACGAGACGCUGUACGAAGCCCCAGAGCCUAUCUUCACCAGCAACAACUCGUGCAGCGGCCUGCACAGCUGCCGGCUGUUUCUCAGCACCCGUCCCCCAUGCUGUGGGCCCCUCCUGGGCUCCUAG